AUGGAACGCGGACCUAAGGACAUGACGCCAAUCGACAAUUCUGCUUUCAGUGUCUCUAUGAACGGAACAGAGGCGCGUCUUUGUAUUACAUGGAUGGAAGAAGAAACCUUUUAUGUCCAAAAGAUCCGAACCUUUGCUCUUCAAGAAGCGCAGCAGUUGUUGGAGUUUCGCAAGUGUAUUCUCAACAUUAUGGACUACGGUCGGAACGUGCGUCUUGAGAGCAUCGGAUCUGCACUUGACCUUUUACCUGAGGAGACAUUCGAGAGCGUCAAAUCAAGGAGUGACCUCUUAUCCGAGGAGGGGUUGGAAAGCAUCAAAUCAGUACUUGACCUUGAUCUUUUGUCUGAUGAGGAAUUAGAGGCCCAGGGAAUGAAUGUCCGGCGGCUGCGAAGUCGAAACAUACUGAGACCGUAA